CAGUUCAGAAGUAUGGGUUUGAGUCGAUUGUCUUCUGCUGCGAUAAUAAAAGCAAUGCAACACGAUAAAACAACUACAUGAAAGAUCAACAUUUAGUUCCUUAUAAUGAAAUGCAUUGAGUUUGAGGUCAGUUCAGAGAUGUUCUUUCAUUAAAUGUGUGUUUUAGUGGAGUCACAGUAUAAUUUAGGGUGCAUUUCACAUCAAAACCUGUAAAAACGGUAUGCUUUUUUAAAGAAAACAACUAUUGGUUUUAGUGGAUCAGUGUAACUUCUCUGCUAGUAGCAAAGCUUAAUCAUUAAACAGCAUUUCAUAUGACAAAAAAAAUGUUUUUACUGCCGGGGAGUGUGUCACCAAUGGAUUUACAGUUAAAAUAGUUAACAAUUUCCCCAUUUUGCCUUGUCCGGCCAAUCAAAUCUUAUUUUCCUAAGAGGUUAACCUCAAAUUUUUAUAUUUAUUUGAAUGAAAUCCUAAAUGAAAGUGACAUCGCAUCAUGGUUAUGGUUUUGUCAUUAAGUUUGGUUACUAACAUGGUUGACAGAGUUUUUGUGCACAUGAGUAAAAUUAAAUAUUUUCCUAUUUGAAAGAAAAUUUUAUUUAAACUCAGUGUGUUAAAUAAAGUCAGAAACUCAGAAGUAAAUUGGUAAUAUACAGGACAUAAAGGCAAUUACAAGCAAACAUGGUGCACAAAAUAUACAGUAUGUGUGAGAUUAUAGCAUAUAGUAUUUCUGAAGAAAUUUGUUAAAAAAAAGAAAAAAAGCAUCAAUGGACAUGAGAUGUAGAUGAUGAGAUGCUUUCUUCAUCUUUCUCCUCUAAUGCAUUAAUAGAAAUACAAAUCAUCACGGACAUUAGAGAUAUUAAAAAGAUGAAUUACUGAGUGUACUUUCCCAUGGGUGGAGGAACUAAACCUCUCCUAAAUACGAGCGGUGACAUGCUUUUUCAUCAAACUGCAAUAAAAUAUAUUAAAAAAUAUAUAUAUUUUCUUCAGCUACUGCAGUUGCCAAUGCAGCAUUUCUCAUUUUCAUAAUUAAAACUGAAAUAAAAAUGAAUAAAAACUAUAUAGACAUAUUUAAAAAUGAUUAAAAGGCUAAAAAGAAUACUAAUUUGCCAAAACUAAAAUUAAAACAAAAACAGAAAAUGUAAAAAUUCAAACUAAUUUAACAACCAGUGAUAUUGUGGUAUACUAUUAUGUAUAAAAGCAUAUGCAGUGAUGUUACAGUAUCACUGGAUGUUAGAGUCGUUCUCUACCGUUUGAGGCUUUUUCCAUUCAUUUUUUUCAAUCAAAUAACAGUGAAAGAACACAAAUGCACAGAAAAUGUAAGAUAUUUUGUGAGUGACCUCAUCAAUGACGUAUUGUCCUGUGGGUGGAGGAACAAAAGCUCUGUGAAAUUCUCCUGCGAGCAGCGACACGCUUUGAUCUGCCCAUAUUUGGCAGUCUUCCUCUUCUGUCCCUCUUUCUGUAAAACGAAAGUGCGGUUGAAAUGUGAACAGGGGGCAAACCCAGGGGUGGAGAGGAGGAGAAACACUGUAUAAACACACUGUUCACGGCCACUGCCAAACAGAUUCAGAAAGUUCAGAAACUACAGCAGAUCAGAGACGAUCAGUCAACAUGAGGCCAGUGCAGCAGAGCAUUAAGAUCUUAUACUAUGCCAAUAAAUCUGAGGAGCCGUUUGUGGAGAUCGUGACUGUGAAACAGCAGAACAAGCGGCGGCCGAGCGUCUGUAGCUCUGUAGACUCUGAAUCUUAUGACCUGCUGCCCGUUUUAAUAGACCACAGCGAGAUUCUGAAUGAGCAUCAUCUUGAACAACUGAUGAAUCACAUCCCGGCGCGGACGCAGGGUUACUCUUGGAAGCUGGUGUACAGCACGGCGCAGCACGGCACCAGCCUGACAACACUAUACCGACAGAUGAGAGAGUUAGACCGACCCGUCCUGAUGGUCAUCAAAGACACGGACAACCAGGUUUUUGGAGCGUUUUCCUCCGACCCGUUCAAAGUCAGCAGCUACUGCUACGGGACGGGAGAGACGUUCCUCUACAGCUUCAGUCCAGAGUUUCAGGUCUUCCGCUGGAGUGGAGAAAACUCCUACUUCGUGCGAGGAUUCCUGGACUCUCUGCAGAUGGGAGGAGGAGGGGGUCCGUUUGGCUUGUGGCUGGAUUCUGAUCUGUAUCGCGGCUCCAGUUACUCAUGCAGCACCUUCUGCAACCGUCCUCUCAGCCUCCAUCACGACUUCACCGUUCGAGAUCUGGAGGUGUGGAGCUUCGUCUGAGCGCAAACCGGUUCAACACCGCUGAAGAGAACAACACGCUCCAGCCGCCAAACUGCCGUGACUCGUCUGUUCACCUCAACAGAACCUGAUCUGUUCCUCAUUUCCGAGCGGCUUCUGCGCUUCUGCUAAAUGAAGGAACGGUAAAUAAAGAAGACAAGUUGAGGCAGGAGUUGAGGCUUUAGUUCCCGUUUCCAGUAACUGUAAGCGUUCCAGGGGCCUGAUGGGACCUGAACACAUUCCUCAAACAUGCUGUCUACGUAGGCGACAUAGCACACUAAAUUUGAAACAAAGCCCUUGAGUACUACUGAUACUUUAGUGUCUUUACUGUGUUUUAAAAUGCACUUAUAGGACAAAUGGUUUACUGAUUUGUGUCCGAAAAGCAUUUGAAAAGGAAAAAUGGUUUGCUGUACGAUUGUGAUUGUACUACUACUUAUUGUUUUUUACUCUAUUUAAUAUCUGUGAUCACAUGUUGAAUUGUUUUGGGGUUUUGGGUUUGUCAUGCAGUGCUGGCGCUGCAUUUCUGGGUUUGGGGUUUCUAAUAAAACACGUUGUUUUUUAUUGAA